UUUAGAAUGGCCUGACAUGCCAAAGCAAGGAAGCAAUGCAACCAAAGUGACACGUUCUCUUCAAUGCAACAUGACAGUGAGUGCUGGAGAACAAGACAUUAAUGCUAGUAACUGGCCAAACAAACUAAUCAUGCAGCUAAUUCCAAUAGACUUCUUGAACCAUUUCUCAGAAUACUUUGUGAAUGCAAAGACAGUCAACUUCCACUUCACUAACACCGAUAUUGAAGCUAUGCGGAGCCUUUGUCGUAUCCUAGGAAAUUCUCUUGCUGGCUGUGUCCACAUUCCCGGUGUGCACCAGUGCGAACUGAGGGUGGUGAUGUUAAUAUACAGCAAGAAGAAAAAGUCAUUUGUCGGGCUCUUGCCUAGCGACCAAGCAGCUUUCAUCACAGGAAUUCGCCGAGUCAUUGCUGAACACAAAAAGCAAAAAGGUAUACAGUUUGGCCAGAUGGUAAUGUCAGUGCCGCAGGUCAUGCCCGCAGCUAAUCAGAUGGUUACUCAGUCAAAUGUACCACAGCCACUGACUGCCAUAUCUGUACAGAACAUGGCACCUACUUCAAUGGGAGUUGUUACCACACAGUGCAAUAGUAUGUCUGCUGUUCAAUGGAGAGAAAUAGAAUUGGCAGAUAAGAGGUUCCCAAUGAUGCCAGGAGGGAUGAGCCUUGUUACUGGACAAGUUCAACCGCAGAUGUCUAUGGAUCAAGGCCAAACUAACAUGGCCAAACUUCAGCAAGCCGUGAAAGCCAAGGAGAUGCAAGCCAUGGGGAAUGAACCUCCUGCAAAACGUCAACAAGUGAUGGAUGUUCGACAACCCUUGCUUGAUGGCUUCUACAAUGCCGGGAUGCACUCCCUACCCCAUUUUUACAGUGUGCGGCAUCAACAGCAGCAACAACAGCAGCAGCAACAGAACAGGAUGCCCCUGCCAACUUCCCAAACGACCUUCAGUCAGCAACAGUUACGACACCUGCUGCAGCAGCAGCAGCAGCAGCAGCAACAGCAGCAGCAACAACAGCAGCAGCAACAGCAGCACCAGCCUAACCAACCGGCGGCACAACAGGCGACCACUACACAGCAGCAGCAUCACCACAUGCGACAGAACCACCUUCAGAUGUUGCAACAGCAGCAGCAGCAGCAGCAGCAGCAGCAGCAACAGCAGCAACAGCAGCAACAGCAACAGCAGCAGCACCGCGUCCCAGUUUCUCAGUCGCAUAACGUGACGAUGGGCUCGGCCCCGGGCCAGCAGAUGCCAGGGCCUCCUGGCAUGGCACCCCCACCUUCAGGCAUGCCCCAAACCGCAGCUACUAAAUGCUUGUUCAAUAAAAACAAGUCCCAAAAACCCAGAAACCAAAUUUAUGAAAGAAACAAUGAAAUAUGAAGCAAACCAUACAAAAAAAUAUAAAUAAAAAAAUAUUAAAUAUAUACAUAUAUAUAUAUAUAUGUAUAUAUAUUUCAGUCUAUCAGUCUAUCAGUCAAAAGACUUUGUCUCAAAGAACUGUAUAUUACAUAUAAUUUCACUAAAGUAAAUUAAAGCAAAAUUAAAAAAAGAAAUUAUAAACAGCAAUAUUUUGUUGACUAUUUUUCUUACGUGCGUGCACGUGCCCGUGUGUGAGUGACGGGUAAAGCAUGUAGGAUAUGUGUGUAUAAAUAUCGAUCUCUGCAAACUAAUACGAGGCGUUGCUGAAAAGUUUCUGGCUUUAAGGAGGUUGCGGAAGAGUUUUUUUUUUUUUUUUUUUUUACAGGUUUUACAGAAACUGAAGGACCACUGCAAUGAAUGUAUGAAUCUGAGAGGGGAACAUGUUGAAUAAAAUCAUAAUUAACUGA